UUUGUAAAAGUUGUGUAGUACCCUGUCUUGUUUUUGCGAUGGAUAAUACAGAAAACGAAUGUUUUAUUAUUGACGAAAAGUCAGAGUUGGUGACAGAUAUUGCGUUGUUAUAUGGAACCAAAAAAUGUUCUGAUAUCGAUUUAAUUAUUAACAAAGAAAGAAUUUUGGCCCACAAGGUUAUUCUCGCGGCAAGAAGUUCCUAUUUCGAGAAACUCCUCUACAAAUACGGAAAAGAAAUAGAACAGAAAGAACUCACAAUCUGCCUAAAUACUUCAACCGAUUACUUCCGAGAAAUUAUCAAAUUUAUCUACACUGGUGUUAUAACUAUAAACCUUUCAAACUUGGACACUGCUCUGGAUCUUCUUGAUUUAGCCCAUCAGUGCGGCCUUACAGACGUGGAAACCAUCAUAGGGCAGAAAUUGAAGUCUCUCCUCAAUGACAAAAACAUUAUCCCUAUUUUGAACAUGGCAAAUCUCUAUGACCUAAUCGAACUUCGCGACGCUUGCCAUGCCUUCAUAGACCCAAAGGCUUCAGAAAUCCUCAAACAAGAAUCUUUCAAGGAAUUAAGCCAAAAAUCUUUGAUUAAAUUGUUGGAAAGAGAUUCGUUUUUUGUUCCCGAAAUCGAGAUUUUUGAAAGCAUAGCUCAGUGGUGUCAAGCUAAUAUCCACGAUGCUGAUUUAGUGGUGAAAUGUGUUCGGUUAUCUUUGCUGACUGUUGAAGAAAUUGUGUCCAUAGUUUGGCCGUCGAAGCUUGUCGCUUGUGAAGAUUUACUGCAAGCUAUUGCGGAAAUUGUUGAAGUAAAACCGAAACAGAGUAGUUGCAGGGGAAAAUUAUUAUUGGAGGUUAAUGUUGCUACUCCUGAAUAUAACGCUACUGUGAUUGCCGGCGAUAACACCAAAUAUGUAUUAAAUGGCAAUAGAGACGUGAAUAAGUGGACAACGACAUUAAAUGGCGAUACCACUGGACUGGUUAUUAAACUUGGGUUCCCGGCUGUUAUUAAUCACAUUCGUAUGUGUUUGUACGAUGGAAAUUUAAGAACUUUUCGGUAUUAUGUGGAAGUUUCAAUCGACCAGAAGGAAUGGAAAAAAGUUAUAGAUUAUAGUAACUUUGGUUGUCGAUCUUAUCAGCAUUUAUAUUUUGAAAAACAAGUUGUACAGUAUGUGAAAGUGGUUGGUACUUACAGUUCACUAAAUGAGUACUUUCACUUGAUAUUCUUCGAAGCCUAUUGCAAAGAAAAUAUUCCUAGAAUCGUAAAUGGCAUCGUCUAUCCCACUUCAAACGUUGCUACCGCGGAAAAAAAAGCAGCAGUUAUUGAAGGGACCAAUGGAGCUGCAUUACUUGACGGGGUUACUACCAACUAUCAGAACUACACAUCCCACAAAAUUGGUUCGGGAAGUAUAAUCGUACAGUUAGCUCAACCAUUCAUGAUUUCAAGUAUGAAGCUUAAAUUGUGGGACAACGAUGAUAGGUUUUACAAAUAUUAUGUUGAAACUUCAGUAAAUAUGACUGAAUGGACAAUCGUCGCAGAUCUCAGAAACGAAGAAAAUAAAUCUUGGCAAGUCUUACGUUUCUCUGACAGACAUGUAUCUUUCAUCAAAAUUACUGGAACUGAAGCUUCUCCGGUUGCUGGAAAGGUUUUCGCUUUACUACACUUUGAAUGUCCCACGGAUGACGAAAAUGAGACGUGUGAAUAAUAUCUUCAAGUUGCACCAAGAAUAUUAGAACAUUAACUUGAACGAAACGGCGAUUCAAAACGUUGACUACUUAAAUAACAUAUACUUAUAUAAAUAUAUAUAAACAAUAACAAUAAUAAUAACUGAGUUUAUUGUCCUUGUUAAUUAUGGUGAUGGUAAUAAAUCUUUGUAAGAAACAAAA